AUGGGUCGACGUGUUAGUGAUGAAAAAGAUGACAAAACAUCUGAAAAACAAGCCACGAAUGAAUCUGAUUCAAAUUCUGAUUCAAAUCUUGAUGAAGAAGAAUUUGUUGUUGAAAAAAUUCUUAAAAUGCGUACAACAAAAAAAGGAAAAGUUCAAUAUUUACUUAAAUGGAAAGGUUUUCCUGAUAGUGAAAAUACAUGGGAACCUGCUGAAAAUCUUGAAUGUCCAGAUUUAAUUGCUGCUUUUAUGGCUGAACAAAAAGAAAAACAACAAACAUCAACAUCAAAUGGUAAACGAGCUCAUUCAAGUACUAGUAAUACUAAUGAAGUUAAUAAUAAUACUUCACCAACAAAACGGCCACGUAUUGAAUUAGAACAAACAGGUUAUCAUCGUGGUUUAAUACCCGAAAUGUUAAUGGGUGCAACAGAUAUUUAUGAUGGAGAAUUAAUGUUUCUAGUUAAAUGGAAAGGUAUUGCUAAACCAGAACUAGUUCCAUCACGUAUUGUGAAUAAACAAUCAGCACAACUUGUUAUUAAAUUUUAUGAAGAUCGUUUAACAUGGAAUUCAACGAAUGCAUCAAAUAAUACGAAUAAAAAAGUUUAA